GCCCCCUAUGUUACUGAAACUUACUCUGUUCAGAUAUCAGUGGGAGCGCAUAUACAUUCUCAGAACCCGGUUAUUCAUAUUGGAAGCCAUGUUAACUUCAAUAUAGAAGGUUUAAACGAUCAAAUUUCUGGCCGGUGGCUCACUGCCAAUGAAAGUGUCAUAUCUGUCUCCCCAUUGUCUGGAGAAGCUGAAGAUAUGGGGAAGGUUCAACUCAAGUACACUUUGAAGCGUCAAGCAUGAAGUUGUGGACAACAGUUACAGUGCUAACAGAUGAUAUCGUUUCUGUUGAUGCUCCAAGAGAGACACUGACAAAUGUUCCCUUCCCCACUAAAGGAUAUAACUUCUCUGUGAAGAUCAGCGACAAGUUUAAGGCAUUUGGAAACACCGAGGGACUCCAGUAUGUCUGUAGAGUGGACCCUCCUUUUGUUGGGUAUUCAAAUCCAUGGAUUGAUCUUGAUACUGGUAACUCAUACUGCCUAUUCUUCCCUUACACACCGGAGCAUUUGGUUCGUUUCAAGUCCAAAGAGAUGAAACCAGAUAUAACUGUUUCCAUCAAUGCUUCACUGAGAGGAGCUGAUCAUGUGUCAGGAUCCGCAUCUGCUCUUUUUGUUGGAGGGUUUUCUGUUUUGGAGAUGGGCAAGGAUUCAGUCCAGUUGAAUCUGACUCCAGACUCUAACAAGACUAUUAUCACAAUUCUGGGGAACACAGAUAUUGAAAUUUAUUGGCGUGACCGGGAUUUAUUACUCGUUACUCCCAUCCAUAAAGAAGGUUUUGGGAUCGGCGGGCAUGCAAAGUAUGAGGUGAGUGGUGACUAA